CGGAAGUUGCUGUCCGCGCUGUUUGUGGACGAAAACAUUACAUUAUAACCUUUACAUUAUACUGUAGAGGGCAUUUAAAAUCGAUGGAUUCAGUACUUCUGCAUGGAGAAGCCGAAGGUUAUAUUCAAAGUCUGGAGAAGAUGUCAUUGCGCGAUAUCGGAAGUCCAGGGUGGUUUCGUCAACAUGAAUACAUCGAAAAGCUGAAUAUGCAAGCUAUUCUGAAUGCCAGUGCCAAUCAAGAGGAAUUUAUAAAAGACCUCUUUGUCUCUCUUGGAAAGAUACCCACACUGGUGCAUGCAAUGAUUCUUACAGAGGUCUGGAAACAUAAAGUGUUUCCCAUAAUUUGCAAACUCCAGGACUUUAAUCCAAAGAGCACGUUUCUGCUCUACAUGGUGAUUCAUCAUGAAGCUACCAUUAUAAACCUACUAGAGACGAUUAUGUAUCACAAGGAGUCCAGCGAGGCCGCUGGUGAUUGUGUACUCGAUUUAGUGGAUUACUGUCAUCGCAAACUCACAUUACUGGCAGGACGCUCCGUCUCCGGAGAAAUCCCAGCUGCGGACCGAAUCACACACACACAGAUGUCAGACACGGCAUCCGUACAGGAUCUACAAAGACAAAGUGACAUGUUAGAGUUUGAAAUCUCCAUCAAGGCUCUGUCAGUACUGUGCUACAUCACUGAUCACAUUGAGAGUUUGGGUUUAUGUGUGCUCUCAAGGAUGCUGUGCACUCAUAAUAUGCCCUGUGUGCUGGUACAGCUGGUGGAAAAUUGCCCCUGGAACAGAGGAACACUGGAAAAAUACUCGGAAGGAAAGUGGAGAGCCGUCCAGCCAGAAGAUCAGCUCAAGUUGAGUAAACAUGAUGGCCAGGUGUGGAUGGCUUUACUGAACCUGCUACUCAAACCAGACUGCCAAAGAAAAUACGACUUCAAUAGCUUCAACAAAACACAGCUCUUGAAGCUUCGUGGGUUUUUGACAGAGGUUGUGAUAGAUCAGUUACCAAAUCUACUUGAUCUCAAGCACUUUCUUAGUCAACUUGCUGUCACAGAUCCAGCAGCCCCUAAAAAAGAUCUCAUCUUGGAGCAGGUACCAGAGAUAUGGCAUAAUAUUGUAACAAAGAACAGCAACAAGUGGAAAGCCAUUGCUAAAUAUCAAGUGACACAGGUUUUCAACCCCUCUGAAAGUGAACUAAGAGAACGAGCCAGCAGGUUGGCUCAAACAUAUAAUCUGGAUGUGAUGGAGAAUUUAAUCCCAGACAAACCCAAGUGUGGAGCCUGUGGAAGAACAGGAGCAAAACGCUGCUCCCGCUGUCAAGGAGAGUGGUAUUGCAAUAGAGAGUGUCAGGUGAAGCACUGGCCCAAGCACAAGACUGCAUGCGCACUCAUGACAGAGGCCAUACAAAAACUACAGGAGGAACCCAACAUCAGCGGGUGAAGAACAGGACUAAAUGAAGAGGCUGAGAGGGUGAUGCUGGGACACACACGCAAAACACACAAAUGAAUGGACACUGAUAUAAAAGGAUCAUAUAUAUUCUUUUUAAAUUUAUGAUUACUGCAUUAAUGGCUAAACUACACCUCAGAAGCAAGCACAUUGAUUUUUACUGAAAAAAGCUUUAUUCCAUCUGUUGUAAAUUACUUCCUUUAUUCAGUAUUUUCUAUACAGUUACGAUAAAUGGUGACUGGUUCUUUAAAUUUUUAGGGCUAUUAAAGUUAACCAAAUAUAUAUUAUUAUAUAUUAUAUCUGUACCUUUUACAAAACAAAAACACAAACCAUGUCGAGCUGAUUGUUUUUAUUAUAACAGCCUCCAAAUUCCAGUGGGAUUGACAUUGUAAAAAUCCAAAACACUUGGUACAAGUGCCUUUGAGUCUCAUAACACGGCUGACAACAAGACCCUGGGGAUCUGUACUGUACCACUUCCAAACAACACAUGCAUACAGCGGCGCACUGUUUGGAUUUGUGGGUAUCACUAACAGAUUUGGGAUUUAGUUUACAUUUCUUUCACAAACCUUUUUUGGUAUAUGAGAAAAACCUUUGGUUUAUGCAAUAAAUGAUGUGGAAUUGUAGGACUACUGUAUGAUGUAGUGAUACGUGUAUUUUAAGAAAUUACAGUACAUUAAAAACUGGACAUAUUAAACUAUUUUCAGUUUCUUGUAUGGAAAUAGACACAAAAAAGAAAUACAUAAGACACUGAGAAGAAAACAAAGACAAGAACAAGAAACAACCAAAAAAAAAUUAUUAUCUAUAAUAGUGAUUUUUUUGUAGUGGUGUAAUUAUUGUCUUGUAUCAAAAGUACUGAUAUUUUAAACAUAUAGGAUCAAGCAGUCUUUUCGGACAUUGGCUUAAUUGGUUUUUCGAGACAUUGAGCCUUUCCAGUGCAUUCAAUUUCCUCUUACUAAAAGACUUCUCUGAAACUAAUACUUAAUUCAUUCAUUGAACAAUAAAAUGUACAAAAAGGUAACAUUUCACAGAAGAACUGAAAAGAUAAAUUGAUAAAUGAAGAACUUCACUUGCUACUGUAAAUACGUCAGAAACUGCUUUGACCAUCAGCCUUGAGAUGUUUGCUUCAGAAACACCAUUUCAUGAUCAAACACUGACAAGACAAUAUCACAGACCUUCUUGCCCCUUUAUAUCAAAUGAAAAAAAGAUCAAUACAAAAUCUAGAUGUACCCACAACUGUCUAAAGGACAUUUUAUAAAACAGAUAUUAACAAAAUACAUACAAAACUUUCAAAAUCUUGUUGAAAGUGUAUAAAAAGAAUACAUUGCUGUUUACCACGAUGAACUGUAUGAAGACUAUGCUUGAAAUGCUUCAGUUAAGGUCAGAGUACGUAUUGUUGUUAGAAACUGGAAUAAACUGUUAUUAUUA